AUGAAGAGGAAGGCACCCGGAUUGGACCCGUCGUCGUCUAUCAUAAGCGCUUCGGGUCAAUGCAAGCGGAAGUCCGAGGUCAUCUCAAAUCUAAGCUACCAGCCUACGGCGUCCCAAGGUACUGCAUCUUCCCAAAAAGCAUGCCUUCAAACCCGAACGGCAAAGGUAGACGGUCCAAUUCUCCCGUUUCCAGAUGCAGCUCUGAUUUCGGAGGAGGCUUCGGAGGAGGAUUUGAAGAGCUGGGAAGGCCUCAUCAGCACCAACAAAGAUCUUGCGGAGCAGUGGGUGACGCUUGUCUGUGGUCUGAAUGCCAAUACUCUUCGACUUGAGUCGGAUUUCUUCUACAGCGGUGGGCACGGUCUGCUGGCACAGCAGCUUCUCCUUAAUAUUCGCCAGAAGAUGGGCACCAACGUUUCCAUCCACUCGCUCUACUCCAACUCGUCUCUUAAGGCGCUCAGCGUCCAGGUCGACCGCCCGCGUGAGGGAAAUGAUGACACCGGCGCUGCGGAGGAAGGCGAGCCUGCCUUCACCCAGUCGCUCGAGAAGCUGCUCGGCAGCCUGGAUGCCAAGUAUCGGACGGCGGACCCUGCAACGCUCACUCCGGAACGCAAGACUACCGUCUUCAUGACCGGCGCUAGAGGUUUCCUGGGCUGUUACAUAGUCAAGGACCUACUUGAGCGUAAGAACGUUGAGGUGCUUGCCCAUGUGCGAGGAACCAGAGACGUCCAGGCCGCCCUCGGGCGACUCAAGAGGCCCCUCAGCUACCGCCCGUACAUUGGACUUGACGACAAGACAUGGGGCGCGGUUGCCGACGCUGCGGACGUCAUCAUCCAUAACGGCGCCCAGGUUCAUUGGGUACAACGGUACAAGCAUCUUGAACGCAGCAACGUCCUAUCAACGCUCGAUGCCCUAUGGCUCUGUAACCAAGACAAGCCUAAGCUCUUCUCGUUUGUCAGCUCAACAAGCGUUCCGGAUACCGAUCACUACAUUAAGAGCAGACCGGCACGAGACGAAGCCCCAUCAUGGAAGCGGACGACACAAUGGGCAGCCGCGCCGGCCUUGGUAUUGCCAGACCAAGUGGACCACAGGUAUCUGAAGCUCGUCCGCGAGGCUGGCAGACGAGGUCUCCUCGGAUCUGUCGUCCGACCCGGCUACAUCCUCGGGAACACCGCCACUGCUGUUCGUAACAAUGACGACUUCCUCACUCGCAGGCUCAAGGGCUGCCACGUCGCCCGCGUUGUCGUCCUCGCUAGCUUCAAUCCCGUCUCGGCCGAGACUGGCACCAGCGGCGGCGACGUCGGUGUCCACGUUGUCCAUGUCACGGCCCAUCCGCGCCUGUGUAUGAACAAGUAUCUCUCCACGCUGAACUACUACGGUUAUGACGUGCCAGAGUUUCACGUGGCGAUAAAUGACUUACCAUCAACUACGCGUACGCCAGAGUUUGAUGAUCACAAUGCCGUUACCGUGCUUAAAACUGAUGUAGACCGGUGGACAAAUAUUGAUGAGUGUGCCGGCGAGGGCAUCAGCCAGGAGACCGUCGGCCGCUUCUGA